GGGUAGAAAAGGCCCGGCGGCGGCCAGGCCGCCUCAGAGCGGCGGCGGGGCCGGGGUUUGUGUGUGGCCGGGCCGGGGGCGGCGGCCGGGCGGGCUGUGUGAGGGGUCGCAGCGCCGCUGAGCUGCCACAUCUUCCCCAUGUGUUUGGGACCCUGGUUGCAGCCUCUCUAGCUCCAUAGUCAUGGAAUCGCCUCAUAGCCAGGUUGGAAGGGUGUCCAGGGGAGCGAGGAGCUGUGAAUCCUGCGUUGCGGCUGCCUGAGCUCGAAGGCUUUCAUGGGCGAGUACAGUGCUUGGAUCUCCAGAGCUGUCGCUUCAACAUCCUUCAGCAGCACUAAAGCAGCUUUGAAGAAAACCACUAGCCAAGAACUCGCUGGGAAAGGCCAAGUCAGGAGAAAAGGAAAGGCUGAUUGCAGGAAAGUGUGAUGUGUAUACAGGGAGAAGUAAUUUCAGAAAAAGUUCAUCUGCUUGAAUGUCCAAGUUAAACAAGGGACAGUGGACAGCCCAAGAGCCCUUUGAGCUCUCCUGCACGGCAGCGGCUGCACGACAGGAUCUCCUCUUGAGUGGGGACGCUCACUUAAGGUUCUUCUCCUCGAGGCCGAGAGAUUCCUUGCCGCAACAGAUUCUCGGGAUCUGGCUAUUUAUUACAAUUUGGGGGCUCGUCCGGGAGAAUUCACUUGGUCCCAGUGGGCUCGGAGACCCCGAGCAGGAGGUGCACCCCACCGAUUUCAGCGGCCUGCUCACAGGACUUCCUGGUGCCUGUUGAGACUCCAAGCUGAUAAUGCCACGAGAGGAGGGACUCAUAAAGCAAAAGGGGUCCCUUUCAGGUGCUGUUGACUACGGAAGCUGCAGUACGGAUGAAGGAAAAAGGGUGGACUCACGCCAGCAGAAUAAAAGGACCAGUAGAAGAACCUAGAGAUUGAACUCUGACUUCAACUCCCGGGGACACCAGACUCACCUUAAAACGCCAACCAACGCGGUGAUGUGUGGGAGAGGAACUGAAUAAUAACUUAGAAAUCACAGAAACUUGGGGAGUGAAACCAGAACUUUAUCGUUGGUUUCGGGUACGGCCGGGGCAAACCUUAAGGAAAAUUAGAUAUCCUCCUUGGGGAAGAGCACUCCCGUUACAGACAGGAGGGUCAGGGUUGUAUAAAACUGAAAACUCUCUGUUUGCACUUGCACGUGAUUUAUAUAAAGAAGAUAGUCAGCUAUAUCCUAACCUUGAGGAAGAACUACAGCCCCCUCCAGUACCCCGUAGUGUACCUUGUCUGAUACAUCCCUGUGCUAGACAUCAUAGUUGGGUGAAGUGCGAAUGCUUAGGUUGUAAGCAAAAUUGGUAUUACCAUUCAUCCCAAAGACAUCCCUUCUGUUUAAAUUGCCGGAAGCAAAAUUUGAGUUUGGCUCAAACUCAGAUACGAUAUACCAAUAUCGUAACAUUGAUUUGUGGGUGGGAAUUGCUAGUGCCGGUUCUGUGGGAAAUUCCUGAAGAAUGGUGGGAAACAGUGGUUUCUAAGUGGAAAAAACGAUUUUGCUUGGAAAAGAGAUAAGAACCCUACCUGCUACAAGAGCCAGGGAUACCGGAUCAAAAGAGGAUGGAGGGCAAGACCAGGCUGGCCACUGUACCCGCUGCCAAGAAGAAUUAUUUCUCGGCUGUUGGAAGCACCCCAAUAGGCCUGAGAGGUAGGAGUAUAAGCCAUACUGGACCUCCACUCCUCGUACUGUUAUUAGCGGUAUCCUUAGUACCCAGUAACGAAUGCAUGAAGUGUUACCAGCAGGUCUCCUGGAAUAGGAAGAUGGUUUGCACGAUGGCAGUGCAUUCGCAUAUCAACAGCCGCUGUUAUAACUGCCGUGAGUUAACAGUGUGCAAAUACGACCAACACGAAUACUGGGUUGGGAAGAGUUUAGGAAUAGGCGGAACAAGACUAGGAGUGCAUUGUCCUAGAGGGGAGCAAUGGCUCUGCUUUACUAAAGCCGGGCAUUGGGACAUAUCGGACGGAGGUGGGGUACAAGAUAUGAUAAAAGCCGAAAUAGUGAAAAACAAAAUAGAACAAAUUAAGAAAAAAAUAACUCAAAAAUUUGAUGGAGAAUUGUAUGCAAAAAUCAGAAAGCAGUUGGAGGAAGAAAUAGGACUCCCAACAUUAGGAAAGAAUUUGUUUGUAGAUUCGGGGGAAAGAAUAAGCAGGGAAUUAAAUGUAACAAAUGGCUGGAUUUGCGGAGGGCCUGUAAUGACGGAAGAGUGGCCUUGGGAAGGGAGCAGUUUAGGGCCAGUGGAACUCCUUAAAUGGAAUCGUACCAGUAGCACACGAGAAGACCGACCUGAGGGAUGGAUUUUGAGUUCUAUCACAACAGGGGAAGAAUGCCUACGGAGAGAGGGUAAAAAUUAUUUAAAGAGUGCGGGACAUUCUCCUUGUAAAAGACUUCAAAUCAGCAAUGGGACUUCCACCUGGUGGUACCCCGAAAAGCCAAAAUGGGUAUGGGCCCUAAAUAAUAAUACAGGAAAUUGUGAAUAUGACAGUAUGACCAGACUUUUUAAAUGUAAAAAAAGGGUCCUAAACCCUUAUCAAAACAUCCCAGAAAUAUCCAAGUUUUGGGAAAAUAUAGCGGAGAUGCAGACAGAGUUUUGGAAAGCCCCUGAAGGGUUAUUCUGGAUAUGCGGAAAAAGAGCUUAUUCAGAACUACCUUCUAAGUGGAAGGGUAGCUGUACCCUUGGUAUUAUCCAGCCGGGAUUUUUCUUAAUGCCUGGACCAAAAGGGGAUGAUUUAGGAGUACCAGUAUAUGAGUCCUUAAAAAGAACUAAAAGAGAGAUUAUAGGAGGAUCUCAGAGGUGGGGUGAAGAGGAUUGGCCUCCUGAACGGAUAAUCCAAGCAUAUGGACCAGCCACCUCGGCUCAAGAUGGCAGCUGGGGUUACUGGACUCCCAUUUACAUGUUAAACCGCAUUGUCCGACUACAGGCGGUUGUAGAAAUAAUAUCUAAUAGAACAGCUCGAGCAAUAAAUCUAAUAAUGAAACAGCAAAAACAAAUGAGGGCUGCGAUCCACCAAAACCGAUUAGCCUUAGACUACUUCCUGGCGGAAGAAGGGGGCGUUUGCGGAAAAUGGAACACUUCAGAUUGUUGUUUAAAGAUAGAUGAUAAUGGGGAUGCAAUAUUGGAACUAACAGAAGAAAUCCGGAAAAUUGCGCAUGUACCGGUUCAAAAAUGGGAAUCUAUGUUAAACGAUAAUUGGUGGAAUAAUGUUUUUGGGGGAAGCUGGUGGAAGAAACUAGGCUACAUUCUCUUAUGGUCAAUUGCUGGUUUAUUAUUUCUUCCUUGCUUAAUCCCUUGUUUUAUACGCUUAAUGAUAACAGUAGUCCAAAGCAUGCAAGUAGUUCCCAUGCCCAAGACUCCAAAAUUGGCAGCCUCAGGCUCAACUAAAAAGGUAAUGGUAUUAAGGAGAAUAAGAAAUACUCCACAACAAUUGGAAGAAGCAGAAUCUAUCUAUGAAGAAAACAAAUGGAUUAAGCAAAAUGAAAGUUAUGGCUCAAGCCAAAUGUAGUAUAAAAGACAAAAAGGGGCAAUUGUGAAAAAUAGUGAAGGUAUUGUUGGCUUUUGCCGUAAUAACAAGGCUAUAAAUCUUUGACUUAUAAGGAUAACUAACCUUUAGUAAAUUAGGAAACAUGAGAAACCUCAAAGAUAACAACUAACAGCAACUGUGGAGAAAAACAUCAUGAAGAAACACAUCCGAGAGAAACAAAAGAGAACUUCUCCAAAAGACUCCACAAGUGAUUAAGAGAAGGAAACAGAUGCACAGAAGGGAGCUGAUGAUAAUCGAUCCUACCAGAAGCAAACACAUGCACGGGAAAAGGGAGCUGAUCCUACCAGAAGGAAACAGCUGCAUGGGAACGGGGAACUGAAGAUCAUGGAUCCUCAGAAACAAUUCAGAAGGAAACACACACAUAGAAGAGGAAAAGGACUAAUAAUAAUCAAUCCUUAUCAACAAUUACUCUGUCUAAAAGAGGGAAUACGUAUGCAAUAUUGAAUGUAUAUAAGACAUGGUUGAAGUGUUAGCUGGUGUGCCUCUGACUUGAGUCACGCACCCAGCGCUGUGCUUUUGCUUUAUUGACUUUGUCCCUAUAAUAAAAUAAGUGCCAUUUCUCUUUAAGGGAUCUGGCUAUUUAUUACAACCCGUUUGGCGGGGGGCUCGCUCUGGCAGCUGCCGACCUCCUCCUCCUCCUCGACCUCCUCUUCCUCCUCCUCCUCCUCGACCUCCUCU